CGGGGCCGCCGCCGCCGCCUCGUCUCCGGUGCUGCUGCUUCUGGGGGAGGAAGACGAGGAAGAGGAGGGCGGGAGCAGGCGGCGGAGGGGGCUCGGGCGAGUGCAGGCGAAGCCCCGAGGGGGCGCGGAGGAGGAGGAUGACGACGAGGAGGACGAGGACGAGGAGGUGGUCGUCGAGGUGGUGGACGGCGACGACGACGACGAGGACGGCGAGGAGCGCUUCGUGGCCCUGGGCCCCGGCCGCGCGCUCCCCAAGGGCCCGGCCCGGGGCGCGUUGAAGGUGGGGAGCGUUAAGCGGGAAAUGACCUUCACAUUUCAACCAGAGGACUUAAAACGUGACUCUAGUAAAAAGAUGUCUCAUCAGCACCUGUUCCCCUUGGCCAUGGAGGAAGAUGUGAAAACAGCAGACACCAAAAAAGCCAACCGAGUGCUUGACCAUGAGAAAGAAAACACUCGCUCCAUCUGUCUCCUUGAGCAAAAACGAAAAGUUGUUUCUUCCAACAUCGAUGUUCCUCCAGCAAGGAAGUCUUCAGAGGAACUGGACAUGGACAAGGUGACCGCGGCAAUGGUACUGACCAGCUUGUCCACCAGCCCUUUGGUUCGAAGCCCUCCUGUGCGGCAGAAUGAGGGCCUGAGCGGGUCCUGGAAGGAGGCGGGCGGCGUGCCCUCCAGCAGCAGCAGCAGCGGCUACUGGAGCUGGAGCGCCCCCAGCGACCAGUCCAACCCGUCCACGCCGUCGCCGCCGCUGUCCGCCGACAGCUUCAAGCCCUUCCGCAGCCCCGCGCCCCCGGACGACGGCAUCGACGAGGCGGAGGCCAGCAACCUCCUCUUUGAUGAGCCCAUUCCCAGGAAACGAAAGAACUCCAUGAAGGUGAUGUUCAAAUGCCUCUGGAAGAACUGCGGGAAGGUGCUGAGCACUGCAGCGGGUAUCCAGAAACACAUCCGGACCAUUCACCUUGGGCGUGUUGGGGACUCUGACUACAGCGAUGGAGAGGAAGACUUUUACUACACUGAGAUCAAGCUCAACACGGACUCGGUGGCAGACGGACUGAGCAGCCUGGCCCCGGUUUCGCCCUCCCAGUCCCUGGCUUCGCCUCCCACUUUCCCCAUCCCAGAUUCAAGCCGAACAGAAGCUCCUUGUGCCAAAACUGAGACAAAAUUGAUGACACCGUUGAGCCGCUCCGCUCCCACCACGCUCUACCUCGUGCACACCGACCACGCUUACCAGGCCACACCCCCUGUGACCAUUCCAGGGUCCGCCAAGUUCACCCCCAACAGCAGCAGCUUUAGCAUUUCUUGGCAAUCUCCUCCAGUUACCUUCACAGGCAUUCCAGUGUCCCCAACCCACAGUCAUCCGGUGGGCACUGGAGAGCAGAGACAGCACACUCACACCGUCUUGUCCUCCCCGCCCAGAGGGACGGUCAGCCUAAGGAAGCCCCGGGGAGAGGGCAAGAAGUGCCGGAAGGUGUACGGCAUGGAGAACCGGGACAUGUGGUGCACGGCCUGCCGCUGGAAGAAGGCCUGCCAGAGGUUCACGGACUGAUGACGCCGCCCCGGCCGGCGCCCGCCGGAGAUGCUCCUGCCUUCGCCUUCCACGCAGGGCCUCGGAAAGCGCUUUUCCUUCCGAACAGAACACGCCUGAAGCCCAGGAAAAGCACUUCUGGGAACCUUGGUGGAAUUACAGCAAAAAAAGAAAAGAAAAAAGGAAAACCCAUGAAAGGUCACUACCCUCCCUGUUUUUGCUGCGAAUCCAGCCUACAGCAGCUGUAACUAUUUUUUUCCCUUGAAAAGUCACCUUUUGGGGGGCUGUAUGUCUAGGUCUGAAAACUGUGGACUUGUGUAGCAAUCAAACCAACCAAGCCCGUUUGACCUAGAAAGGUCUAUUUUGAUAAGCUUUCUGAAUAAUGCCGUUUCUGAGAUUUUUUUUUGACACUUAAAAAAAGAGGCUACACAUUAUUCAGUAGCGUUUGUACAAAAAACAAUCCCUGCGUUCGUUGUGAAUAGUCUUUUCCCUGUUCUCCACUGGACUUCUGGGAGCAGUACACAUCGUGAUCUUUUCUAUGUCUUUUUGGUUUGUUUGUUUGUUUUGUUUUGAAGAAUGGCCCCAGACGGAACCAUGGUAGAGCUGUUAGCUUGAAGGGCCCCGGAUGGCAGAAGCUCAAAAAGAGACUGACAAUGGACAUCACCAGCAGACUUCAGCCCCAGCUGAGUCCAAGACGUGCCUCUGUCACUGAGGGGAAACGUCUGAGAGUCGUCCUCGGAAGCCCUUCCUCGAGAGGCAGCCGGGCUCAUCCGCUCCCUGUCACAACGCAGCCAGGACCUGGCCCACGUCGCCAUCUGGGAAAGCCUGAAGCUCCCUCAUGCGAUGCGAUGCCAGCCACAGCUCAGAUCUGCUCAUCGCCGCUCGUCUGACAGCUGUUGCCAGGUCAAUGGCUCAUCAGGCCCUCCCUCAAAACGCCACCGCUGACUGGUUUCAGAAAAGGUAGAGAACUCCAGACUCUCCGGCAGGUUGGCUUCAGGCAGCAGAGCACAGCCUGCCUACACGUCCCCGUCUGUUCGGAAAGUCACGUGGGGUCAGCAUCCAUUCUGAGUGCACUUUUAUAUAGGUUUUAUGCUUUAGCGUGUCUGGGAGAUGGGUUAAUGGACAAUAUAAAGAUUAUAUGGGAAAAGGGAAGGUCCAAACCUUUAUUUUUCUUAUCAAAAUAUUGGAGCUAGUCAUUAAGAAUUUGCUCGGAAGGGAACAUACAGAACACCAAAAGGAAAAUGCGUGUUGGUAUAGGAACUUCUCAGUUUAGUAGGACCAGGGCUUGCACUGUGUUCCAUUUAAUCGGACUUUCGAGCCUGGUACAUUUAUUGUUUGUUUGUCUUGGUGGCAGUGGUGCAGGGACAGCGGAGUAGUUGCCAAGCCCUAUAAAUAAGCUCAUUCUCCGUCUACCCUACUCUUGAUUGCCCUGCUAAAGUUACUCCUCCUGUACCUAUGCAAAGAAGUAAGAGCACCUUAGAGGAUGCACUGUGUCGGGAUGGGGGCCUAGAAUCAGCCAUAGGGAUGUUAAAUGAAAUUGCACAGAGCAAAGUUUAAUAUAUUUAGAGAUUGUACAUACACUUUUUUUAAAGAGUAGAAAGAUGUCAUCUAGUCGUAACAGAUAUCCUGUUUUUAAAUAAGCAAGGGGAAUAGAAGGAGGCUCUUUGGUGUAACAUCUAGAAUUUGUGCAUUCAUAUAUUUUGGCAAUUUUAUUUUUUAAACUCUCAUAUGAUGUUUUAAACAUUCUUCCUUGUAAGAGAUACUGUUUUCUCCUUCAUUAAUU